AUGAUUCGCUCCUUCGUGAAGAAAACCGAAGUUGAUGCGAUCUCUAAGAACAAUAGUUGGAUAGACGAUGAUCCCCGCAACGUUGACAUCGCGUUAGACACCCGUCAAUCUACUCCUUCUCAACGAUUCCGGGGAUGGCUUGGGCGAUACGCGUGGGCCGAAAGCUAUAUGAUAUGGGCACAGUCCACCUAUAGCUGUUCUCGCACGUCGCUCCUAAAUUUAGAUGCAAAAGACGCAGAAAGCAAAGCGAAAGGUCACAUUACUGAAUACCUGUCUAUCGUCUCCCAAGGUGAAACGACUCGGAAAUCGAUCCAACAUGGGUUAAAGUAUCAUGCAUUUAAGCAUAUUUAUGGGAAUCAUGGAAUCCUUGUGUUAUUAAUCCAUUUGUUCACGGCAUUCCGGGAUCUAAACUACUCACAUCUUCAAUCACUAGCGGAGGUGAUUCAUGAUUGCGAAGAAUGGUCGACUCUGGCCGAGGAAAAGACAGAAUGGCUGUCAAAAUGCCGAUCAGAAUACAAUAAGUCUUGCGAGGAGUAUAGACGCCGACAACGUAAUCGCAAACGCUUGCUCGAGCUCGAGGGGUUGCCUGAACAAGGUCAAUCUAAGCAUGCCCGGACAAACGUACUCUCAACCUUGCCUACUGAGUCCAUCAACGUUAAUGGUAGCGUAGGCGACGGCUACGACCCUUUCGAGGUCGACUUCAAUUACCUUCUUCAAGAGCUCGACGAUCAAAAUCCUGAAAUAUCCGGAAACGUUCUCUCCUUAGCUGCGCGAGACAAUGAGGCGGGACUUAAUAGCUACGACCCCUUCACGGUUGACUUCAAUUUUAUUCACUAA